UCCCCCAUCACCCCCAUUCCCCCCAUUCAGGAGCCUCCUGAACAAGCCCAAGAGCGAGAUGACCCCGGAGGAGCUGCAGAAGCGGGAGGAGGAGGAGUUCAACACGGGCCCGCUCUCUGUGCUCACGCAGUCGGUCAAGAACAACACCCAGGUCCUCAUCAACUGCCGCAACAACAAGAAGCUGCUGGGGCGCGUCAAGGCCUUCAACAGGCACUGCAAUAUGGUGCUGGAGAACGUGAAGGAGAUGUGGACCGAGGUGCCCAAGAGCGGCAAGGGGAAGAAGAAGUCGAAGCCGGUGAACAAGGACCGCUACAUCUCCAACAUGUUCCUGCGCGGGGACUCCGUCAUCGUGGUCCUGCGCAACCCCCUCGUAGCCGGGAAGUAGGGAUCAGCCUGC